UGCAGCGCAUCCUCAUCCCCGGGAGCAGCUGCAAACAGUGGGAGACCGGGCACCUUCCAGCAUGAAGGAGGGGACCCCCGGAUCAUGGCACUGAAGCCCCCACUGCUAUAGCCUGGCACCCCUAACUUCACCCCCAGCCCCCAGACAGGACAGCAGCAGGGGCUGCACCAGCAAGGUCCCCUAGUGUUUUAUUUGGGAAUUACCCCAGCUCUGCUUCCAUUUUUCUCCUGUGGGGUGGUAGUACCAAUCCAAGUGGCAGCCUUGAUGUGUGACCCAAUUGCAGAUGUAUGGCCGAUCCCACCAGCAGACUUUCUCCUCCGUGGAAUUUUAUAUUCAUUUAUAUGAAUGUGUCUAACACUUCAGGGAGACGCACAGAAGAAAUUCCCCAUUUCUAGGACUAUGCAGAGAACAGAAUGGUGUCAGCCAAGGAGACAGAUAUGUACGACACCAUCUUGGAAACUAACGAUGGAUCCACCUCAGAUGUCGGCUGGUACUUCCCUUACCCACUGGGCUUCCAGGUCUCCCUUACCAGCUUCCUCAUGCUGGAGAUUGUGUUGGGUUUUAGCAGCAACUUGACAGUACUUGUUCUCUACUGUAUGCAGUCAAACCUGGUGGACUCCGUCAGUAACAUGGUGACCAUGAACCUCCAUGUCCUGGAUAUCAUCAUCUGUGUGAUCUGUGUCCCACUGACCAUAGUCAUCAUCCUGAUUCCGCUGGAGCAGAACAUUGCUCUGGUUUGUUGCUUCCACGAGGCAUGUGUCACUUUUAGUAGCAUUGCUACAGCCAUCAAUGUCUUGGUGAUCAGUUUGGACAGGUACGACAUCUCAGUGAGACCAGCUAACCGGGUUCUUACCCCAAGUCGGAUGGUGCUGCUCCUCUCCUGCGUCUGGUUUGUGUCCCUCAUGGUUUUCUUCAUUCCUUUCUUUGAAGUGGAAUUUUUUGGUGACCCGGAUCACAUGGCAACUUGGCAAAACCGGACUUUGCUCUGUGUCAGCGUCAACGAGUACCACACGGAGCUUGGCAUGUACUAUCAUUUGGUCAUUCAGAUUCCCAUCUUCUUUGCUGCGGUGGCUGUUAUGCUGGUUACCUACUCUAAAAUCCUCCAGGCCCUCAACAUUAGGAUUGGAAACCAUUUUAAGAGGAGCCAACGUCGGAAAACCAAGAAGAGAAAAAAGAGGAAAUCAUCAGACCAAAGCACUAUGGGGGAGACCAAAAGACUGGCCCCUCCACCGGUGAUACAAAACCCACCCAUGAGGGUCCAGGCUUCCGUCUCUGUCAUCAUUGCCUUGAGACGGGCAGUGAAACGUCACCGGGACCGUAGAGAACGCCAAAGGCGUGUCUUCAGGAUGUCUCUUAUCAUCAUCACAACAUUCUUACUCUGCUGGGCUCCAAUUUCUAUUGUGAACCUUCUUAUCCUCUGUCUUGGGCCCAGUGACCUUCUGGUGAAGUUACGUAUCUGCUUCAUUACCAUGGCCUAUGGCACAACCAUCUUUCAUCCUCUCGUGUAUGCUUUCACGCGGCAAAAAUUCCGCAAUGUCUUGAAAAAUAAGAUGAAGAAGAGGGUUGUCUCCGUGUUGCAAGUCGAUCCGACUCCCGGUGGAACUGUUAUACAUAAUUCUUGGAUUGAGCCCAAGAAAGCCAAGAAAUCUAAGUUAGAGUGCAGUGAUGGGACUGACCGAUGUCUGACAGAUGCCGUGAAGGACUGAUCCAGUGUUUCGGAGUUGGUCAAAAAUGGACACAUCUUAUGGCAGUGAGAUAUCAGCACACGCAUUUCAUUGGAUUUCAAAAAUAAAGGGCCUCUCGGGAGCAACAUACAGUAUUGCCCUUGAAUAUAUCCAAGAAAAGCACUGCCAUCUUACCUCCGUGGCCUGACUCGCCACAAGUCCAUUCAGCCCAUCCAGUCCAGGAUGGAUUAAUCCAGGUGAUGCUGUUCCUUCUAUCUAAGGCCAGGAGCAGCAAGUUCCACAUCAUUCUAGCAUCAGCCUUCAUGACUUUUAUGGGACUACUUACGUUUUUUAUGAGGAUAGUGAGUAGUAUCGCAUGCAUUGACCUUCCAUAAAUCAUACUGGAUAUCUGUCAGCAGCUCUAUUAUACCAUAGGAAUAAUAGACAUAAAGAAAACGUAAAGAGAAUAUAAAUAUCUAAUGGGGGAAAAAACACUGUAUUUUUAUACAAAGAAUAGAAUUGGUUUUAACUCAUUCUAAACCACAGCCAUGAAUUGUAAAUUUUGAAUUAUCUAAAAAAAACAACAUUUUUUUUAAGUUGAAAUUUUAAAAAAUUCAUAGGGUGUGGUGUCAAAUAUUCAGUCUUCAAAAAUGACUCUGGGGACACUUUAGUCAAUGUGCGUUAGUUUGCACAAAUUUUAACUCCACUAAUAAUAUUAAAUGUAUUCUUCCACUUUUCUUAAAAAAAAAAAAAAGAAGAAAAAAAUUUACAAAAAAUUACCUUUAUAAUGUGUAAACUUCCAUUUUUAUUAAGGCAAAGAAAAAUGGAGAUGUCGCGAUGGGCGCCGCCAAUAGGCGCAAACUCUAAAAUAGUAAAUAGUUUGCUGUUCCUGUUUGUUGCAUUUACGUGGUUUGUCCGGCUUGUCAGAUCAUUAAAGCACAAUUGGAUGUAUGUCUUGGCAAUAGGAUACCAUAAUCAACGCAAAAAAAAAAACAAUGCAAAGAGUCUCGAGCUACUAUCAACAAAGGCUUGAGGUUCUCAUGUCAGCGAUACUGAAAGUGGACGUCUCGCCGUGCGCAGCAGGGGUGGCCAUUUUAUGAGCUGGACCAAUAGUCAUGAUGGGAGCCCAUUCCCAUCGGUAACCAGAAUAGUAGUCAAGCCUGUUGAUUAUUAGCCAUAGAGUGCCUCGGUAAUGUCAAUGUUUUCAGACCACAAAAUGGCUGCCUCCACUGUGUCUCAGUAACUAUAGCCCU